AUGCCCGCUAUGUCGGUCGACUACUCGUGGUUCCGUAUUGGCGACGACGGCAGAAUCGGCAACACCAGCCCGGCAGUCAAAGGUCUCGGCAAGCCGGAUGUCAGCGACAUCGACUUCUCAGAUCCCGACGCACCAUUCAUAGGGUGGCCGCUAGAACGUGCUUGUAACGAGGUUACGGAGUGGGUGGAAGGCGUCGUGUGGUUGUGCGACAAUAACUGGGGCGGCGUCGGCAACGUCCGAAAUUUCAUCCUCACGUGCAUGAGAUAUGCCAUUGAGGCAGGCGUGUCAGGCAUCGUGAUGCCCGCGAUACAAAAAAGGAACGACGCGAACAUCAUCGACAUCAACUCGGGCAAAGACUACCGACCUUUCAGCUACUUCUUCGACGAGGAGAACUUCCGAAAAGGAAUGGGCGAGAACUGCCCACAGAUUACGAUCUAUGACUCUUGGGCACACAUCCCCAACGCCAUCACGGCCAAUAGCUCGGUUGGGCCCAACAUCGAAAAGAUCAGCCCGCGACACUUUUCAGAUCGGGGCGACUGUGACGGUGCUGAGCUGGAUAAGCACACUGAUCGCUUCGGAGGUAGGACACCCGCGACCACAUCGCACAGGUCUCGUAAUGAGAACCCCAUGCCAACCUAG